GGGACUAAGACCCAGACAGGUCUUAAGAAGGUGAAACAACUUUGUGGUAAAAUCGAAUUUCAAGAUGUCACUCACUUCUAAAUCAAGAAGAUCAGCUGUGUACUCUGGAUAUAAGGUUUAAUAUCAAAUAAAAUAUUUAUUGACAUUCUUCUUGACUUGAUUACUUUGAACCUUGGAACAAACAGCCUUCCUGAUGUAUGGAUGCGCUUCACAGUUUCAGAUUUACAAAAUCUGGCAACUACAUUAACGGUGAACUCAGAACUUAUUGAUUGGCGCAGAUUCUUAUUAACAGCGGCUCAACCAUGGCCAGUUCCCUCUGUGAUACAGCUCCUUAAUACCCUGCACAGCUUUAAGGCUGUUGAUGAAGCUGGAUCAGGCUUUGUUACACAGGAAUACUAUAAUCAGGUUGGUUUAUGGUUUAAAGGCAGUGAAGAUUUAAAAAUGCCAGAAAAUUCUACAGAGCCUUUGCCUUUUAAUAGACAGGAGCAUCUUAUAACGUUUUUCUUUAUUUUAUUUGCUGAUGCCAGAAAAGAUCCCUCUCAACUUGACUAUACUAAGAUGCUGCUUUAUUUUGCUUCGCAUCCUGAUGCUGUUGAGGGAGUCUACCGAGCGCUUAGUAUUGCUACUGGAACAUACAUCCAUAGAAGAAAAGAGGUUUCUCCUCCACAUGUGUCUUUUUCCCACACUGAUAUGCUGAUAAAGGAGGAACCUUUGGUGGAAAAAGAAAAAAUCUUGUACUGCACAGAUGAGGGAAGAAUUUCUAUGGCAACUCUACAAAGAGUGUUCCAUUAUGAAGGAAGUAAAACUGGUGACAACCAUAGAUUCAGUGAUCGGCAGAAGGCAGGCAGUAAUAAUAAGCAUUUCAGAAAAAUAUACAAGGAACUGGGCUCUGAGGAUCUGAAACCCAUUCCAAUUACCAUUCUUUUGAAGCAUCCUUUCAUUCAGGACUUGAUUAACAACUACCAGGGGUACAAACUUCCUGAUAUUAAAGUGAUUCUACAGAGAGAUGAACAGACACAAUCAACUGAUGGAGAAAUAUAUAAAGAUGUUAAAAUAUGAAAAAAAAUUAAGCAGUAAGGGAAGUUUUUGUAGGAAUUAGGACUUGUGGUCUACUGAUGUGAGUAAGGAUUGCAGGUCAAGUCCUAUAAUAAUUAAGUAUAUUACAUGCUAGCUAUACUCUGCUUUAAAUAAAAGUGUAUUUGAUUAAAGAAGUUUGGUUAUUUUAGAUAAAAUAUUCUGAUAACACUUCUAAAUAAAAUGAAGUUGGUUUUUAGUUGUUGACUAGUAAUAUGUUCUUUAAUAAUUUUAUAGGAAUAGACUGUCUGCCAGUCCUAUGUGCAAGAUCAUCUUUUGUUAAUAUUGAUGGAACACAAACAUUGAUAUUUGUUAAUUGUAUACAGCAUCUCACAAUUUUUAGUUAAUAAACUAAUAAUAUAAAUGAAAACAGAAUUUUCUCUCAAUUAAAUAAGGACAAACUAUUGAAAAGCCAUAAUGUAUAUGAAAUUGUAAUACUUAUUGGUAUUAGCAGAGAUAUUUAACCCUUGUUUUCUAACCUUUCAAUUUUUACCAUACCAUUUCUAGAUAAAUUCUAAUUACAAUCUGUUAGAAUAUUUCCAAGCUCAUGUUCAAGUGGAAGAACACAGUGUGAGCAAUAGUAAAAUAUCUCAGUGAACUUUCAUAUAAUUGUCAUGCUACAUGGAAUCAUUGAAUCAAAGUUCUUGAAGGGAGUCAUUUAUUAAAUAAAACUAUAUAUUACUGAUACAAAAGGACAAUCUUCUAGACAACUCAGGUUCCGGCUUUGUUUACCUGGGAUGGUGGUCUAUCUGGCCUCCUAUACAGCACAGAGCAACAUGUACUUGCUGCAUAACAUACUCUUUGUUAGUACCAAAUAAGAUCUUGGUGAAACUUUCUUCUCUUUCAUCUCUGCAGAAGUUGUCCAACCUUUUUCUCCAUACAGUUUGACUUUUACUGCAUCUCCUGGUUGAAGUUUUGGAAAAGUUCUCAUAGAAUUGUGCUUGUCAAGAUUACUUUUAUAUUUUCUUAUUGUUCUCGUAUCAGCACGUUUUAAACUUUCACCAUGUAGGAUGCAAAUUCUUCAAGGUGGGACCUAUAUACAAUUUUUGUCUAUUGAGUGUCAAUAGAACUGAAUUGAAUUUAGUCGUUGCAUUCAGCAUUGCUCUGUAAAUUAAUUAAGCUAAGAAUGCCUUUCCCUGACAAAAUUUCUUUAACUAUCUAACUCUUUCAGCUUUUCCAUUCUCUUAAGGGUAAUGAGAGCUAAUAGUAAUAGGAAGGGAACUGUAUUUUUUCAUGAAAUUUGUAUCUGUAAAUUGUAGACCAUUGUCUGUAACUAGUUUGUCUGGAAUUCCCCAAUGAGCAAAUAUAUUCUUUAACUUUCCAAUGAUGCUCAUUCCUGUGGCAUAUGCAUAUUUGUAAGCAUUCUGACUAAUGGCUAUAGCAGCUAGGUGCUUGUGACUGUCUAGCUCACACAGAUCAAUAAACUUACACUUUCAGGA